GACCUUUAUCAUAAUAUUUUCUUUACCUUUUGUAUUGCGCAAAAUAUUAUAAAAGAAGAGUGAUCUGUUUCUGGUACACAACUUUAAUGCCCUUACUAGUGUAGUGUACAUUUAUUUAUAAUAGAACACAGCCGUAUUCUGGAGUCGUUGCUACAGGAAAAGGGGGCGGUGGAUAAGAGGGGAAAGGGCCACGCCCAUUUUAUCCACAGCAGCCGAGUGCGCCGUCUGGGAAUAACGAUAGAAGCCUGAGGAGACGCGCGCGAGCCGUUAGGAAUAACGGGCAAGUUCGAGGAAAUAAACGGGGAAAUACUACAUAUUUACACCAUUAUUAUUCUAAGAAGUGGAGAUGGAUGAUUUGGGAGAGCCUGACUCGUCUAACUACCCUCUCAGCCCCCGUAUUGUUGUGUUUGACGCUCUAUUGGCCGAUCUGGAAAGCUCUGCAUCUCCUCUUGCGCGAUGCCCCGUCCUAUUGACUUCAGACCCUCCGGUGACCUCUGAUCCCUCCCCUAUGUGCAACCAAGACUCCUCUCAGAACCGUCCUCCUCCUCCUGCAUACACACCUCAGCAGACAGUUUCAGCUGCAAUGAAGUCCAGCUGCUCUCAGAACCCAGACAAGCUUUACAGUACGGUGUGUAAGCCUCGCUCGCCACGUUCUCCCGAGCCUCCUCCUGCGUUCUCGUCCUCAUCCGUGUUGGGUGGAGGCCUGAGUGAACUUGACCACCUGCUGCAGGAGCUCAACGCCACCCAGUUCAACAUCACUGAUGAGAUUCUGGCUCAGUUCCCUACAGCUAAAAAGGAGGACAAGGACAAGGAGAAAUCAGGAAAGUCAACCCCGUCCACUGGGUCAGUGAAACCCUCUGCCACAUCAGCGACUCUGGAACUGGACAAACUGAUGGCGUCACUGUCUGAUUUCCGUGUGCAGAGCAUACCGACAGCUCAGGCCAAUCCUGCGCCUUUGCAGCAACCGGUAUCCCCGGCCCCACCUCCGGCGUCCUCCGGAGGAUCACUGGACAGCAUGCUGGGUCUCCUCCAAUCAGAUCUGAGCAGACAGGGCGUGUCCACUUCCUCCAAGGGAAACUGCUCCGCCUGCCAGAAACCGAUUGUGGGACAGGUGGUAACGGCUCUUGGGAGGGUCUGGCAUCCCGAGCACUUUGUUUGCUCCGAGUGUGAAUGUGAACUGGGGAACCGUAACUUUUUCGAGAAGGACGGGCGUCCGUACUGCGAGCCGGAUUACUUCAGCCUUUACUCGCCUCACUGUGCACACUGCAAUAAACCCAUUCUCAACAAAAUGGUCACGGCGCUGGAUAAAAACUGGCAUCCUGAGUGCUUCUGCUGCGUGAAGUGCAGCCGGACUUUUGGAGAUGAAGGGUUUCAUGACCGUGAGGGACAGCAGUACUGUCAGCAGUGUUUUCUGGCGCUGUUUGCAUCUCGUUGUGAAGGCUGCUCUCAGCCCAUCGUGGAGAAUUACAUUUCUGCCCUCAACUCCCUGUGGCACCCACAGUGCUUCGUCUGCAGGGAGUGUUUUAGCCCUUUUGUGAACGGAAGCUUCUUUGAGCAUGAAGGCCAGCCGCUGUGUGAGGCACACUAUCACCAGUCUCGUGGAAGCGUGUGUCAGGCAUGCCAGCAGCCCAUCGUGGGACGCUGUGUCACUGCCAUGGGUGCGAAGUUCCACCCGCAGCACCUCGUGUGCCAGUUCUGCCUUAAACCCCUGAGCAAAGGCUGCUUCAAGGAGCAGGACAACAAGCCCUACUGCCACCCAUGUUUCCUCAAGCUCUUCGGCUGAAUUUAACCUGGAAAAUUUCCAGUAGGAGGAUGUUCAUAACAGGAAGCAUUACAGGAUCAGUAUUGUUAUCUUGAAUCUUUUAUCUUUAUAUAAAAAUCAGUAAUUUGCAAAAGAACAAAAACAAAAUUGAAUGAUAUAUAUAUAUAUAUAUAUAUAUAUAUAUAUAUAUAUAUAUAUAUAUAUAUAUAUAUAUAUAUAUAUAAAGAUUAUUUGUAAAAAUGUUCCAAACUCACUUGAGUGAUAUUGAAGAAAAGAAGCAUGUGAUAAGUAACUAAACUGUUAGCUGUUUACAUGCACACAGUAAUCCAGUGUUGUUCUUAGACAGAAUAAAGAUUUUUAAGAAACAGAGUAUAAUGUUCAGAUUUUGGCCAGACUGAGACUUUUUAAAAUAAUUUACCCAAAUGAAAUCAAAUUUCUAAAUGUAAUGUUGAUAUUUCUGAGAGGUUUGUCCCAUUUUCAUUGUCACUAGGUCUUUACAUUGAUAGCUAAUGGCUACAUGUCAGCUAGCAUUUUCAGAAAAAUAUCAGUGAAGAUGGCCAUUCUUUUAAAAAUAACUGAUAAAUACUAAUUUCCAUUUUCUCAAAUAACAACACUGGACUAUUGAUAUACAUGUUAAUAGAAUUAUAGAGGCUGAAAGACUAUAGGAAUAAACACACAUACAAUACAGUGAAUAUUCCUAACAUGUAGCAUGGCUUAAGCAAGUAAGCAUGUGCCGACCUUAUGUUUUUCCAUCAUGCUAACCGCUAACCUUUGCUUUGUAGACAAAAUCAAUUCUUUAAAUAAUUAACUGGACCUGAAGCUUACUUGAAGUCACCCAUUUCAUUCUUAGCUAUGUUUAAAAAUGCAAUACUGUGAUCUCAUGUGCUAACACUAGUUAGCUGUAAGUGAAAACUUAAGCUGCAGGAAUAAUUUUAUUUUAAUGUCUUGUCUAAGUUUAAGAAAGUCUAGGUGUUUAAAAUCGAACAGUUGCCUGCCAGACAUAAAAAGGUAACACUUACACUUGGAGUUCUAUCAAAUUACGUUAACUAGUUAAAUUUAAAAAAAAAAAGUUCUUUAUAGAAAAGGAAUGAUUGUUUUAGCACUGUUUCUCGGCACAUGCUUACAUGACAGCCAUGUGAACAGCCAAAGCUUUCAAUUUCUUUACAUAUUAAAGAAGUCACUGAAUUAAACCCCACAACAGUUACUGAUAAUCACCAGCUGUCUUAUUUAGCUUUACAGGGGAAAAAAAAUGCUCAUUUGCAUAAAUGAUUUCCAAAGAUCCUUUUUGUUACUAUUUGGAUUACAUAUGAAGUUAAUUUUGUUUGGAUUUUUUCGUAUUUUAGUUUAAUAUAUUUGCUUUAUGCAGCUUAUAGUCACUGCUAUUGCAUAUGUUGUUAUAGGUUUUCAUACUUUAAGUCUGUGUCUUUUUUAUACACAUGAUGAGAUAUGGAAUACUGCCAAAGAUUUAUUUUAAAAGAUGUUUACACCUUGUCCUUAUGCAGAAUUCAUAUUCAAAUAAGCUGUUUUUUUUUCUUUCUUUUUUUUUGUCUCUGCUGUUCCUGCCACACAACAAAGAUAAUAAACACUUUUAUUUGUACUA